AUGAGCGCAGGCUUGACCCCGAGCCUGCAAUCUGGGCACGGCUGCUGCCUGCUGCAGGGGCUGUGGUUCUCCCGCCUGCUGAGCCUGUUUGGCGACAAAGAGGCACGGAUCCUUGUGCUGGGCCUGGACAAUGCCGGCAAGACCACCAUCCUGUACCGGCUACACGUGGGCGAGGUGGUGCAGACCAUACCAACCAUCGGGUUCAAUGUGGAGACUGUGACCUACAAGAACAUCAAGUUCCAGGUGUGGGACCUGGGAGGCCAGACCAGCAUCCGGCCCUACUGGCGCUGUUACUACCCCAACACCCAGGCCAUCAUUUAUGUGGUGGACAGCUGCGACGUGGACCGGCUGCCCACCAGCCGCGAGGAGUUUGCGGCGAUACUGGAGGAGGAGGAGCUGCGGGAUGCCGCAAUCCUGGUGUAUGCCAACAAGCAGGACCUGCCGGGCGCGCUGAGCGAUGCGCAGGUGGCGGAGGGGCUGGGCCUGACUAGCAUCAAGAGCCGGGACUGGUCGAUCUUUAAGACGUCAGGCACGUGGCUUAAGAAAGAAACCCGGGGGAUGGGUGAAGGGUUGUUUGAGGGGCUUGACUGGCUGUCGAACACGUUGAAGACCAAGCGGCGGUGA